AAUGAUAUAGUCGAUUCUUGUAGCGUUUGUGGAGAAAAUUCGCUUCGAAGUGUUGAGGAUCCAUUACGGAAUUUGACCGAUACUUCUAUAUAACUAUCCAUUUGGUAAAGGUGGUGUGUGAUAAAGCACGAGUACCCCUAGCUGCUUAAAUGAGAGGAUUUGUCAAGCAUUAAAUAUUGAUAAAUCUACUGUUCGAAGAUCUGCGGAAUAUGUCGUCGUAGUAAAUAAGAAAAAGAAUCAUGAUACAUCAGUUCUGACAGGUGCUCUCAUCUCCUUGUCUCUAAGAAGUACAACGACCUGAAUAUACACUCGGAAUAACAACGUGAAUUACUAACAAUCUCCUGGAAUCCAGUGCUGCGGAGAACGGACGAAAAAAAUGUUUUCGUUCGUACAGCACAAUGCUGUCGAGCCAAUGCAGGUCGACGCACCCCCUGAAGACAAUGACAAUACCGAAGAUGAGCCUUACAUCGUUGAGAAUCCAACCUUCGAUCUCGAGGUGUACGCAAACAGUUACACAGGAUUGGCGAAACUAUACAGACUCAAUUACAUAGCGGAUCACUGUCCGAGUCUGCGAGUGGAGGCGUUAAAAAUGGCGAUAGCAUAUGUGAUGACGACGUACAACGUAUCGCUUUACCAAAUAUUGCACAAAAAGUUACAGGAUGCAAUAGCGACACCGGGGUUGCCAGACAUAGCGGCGCAAUCAACGUCCCAGGAUAUUCCAACGAUAGAUCAGAUCUGGGUAGAAUCGAGAUCGAAGAAAGCGGCCUUGAAGUUGGAAAAGUUGGACACGGAUUUGAAGAAUUAUCGUAGUAAUUCGAUAAAAGAAAGUAUAAGAAGAGGCCACGACGAUCUCGGUGAUCAUUAUUUGGAUUGCGGUGAUUUGGCGAACGCGUUGAAAUGUUAUUCGAGAGGGCGCGAUUAUUGUACAAGUGGAAAGCACAUAGUAACGAUGUGUUUGAACGUAAUCAAGGUUUCAGUCUAUUUACAAAAUUGGACGCACGUAUUGACCUUUGUGGCAAAAGCCGAAAACGCUCCUGGCUUGUUGGGCAAAGAUUACAGUCAAUUUGUGUUGACCAAGCUCAAAGUGGCCUCAGGCUUGGCAGCGUUGGCAAUGAGAAAGUAUAAAUUAGCGGCAAAGCGUUUCCUCGACGCCUCUCUCGAUUAUUGCGAUUAUCCAGAGUUACUCUCACCAGGAAACGUCGCGCUUUACGGUGGCCUUUGCGCCUUAGCCACUUUCGAUAGACACGAGCUACAAAAACAAGUUAUAUUCAGUAGUUCGUUCAAAUUAUUUUUGGAACUUGAGCCACAGCUGCGCGACAUAAUAUUUAAAUUUUACGAAUCAAAAUAUGCCUCGUGCUUGAAAUUACUCGAUGAAAUCAAGGACAACAUAUUACUCGAUAUGUACAUAGCACCUCAUGUCAAUCUAUUGUAUACUCAGAUACGAAAUCGCGCCCUCAUACAAUACUUCAGCCCGUAUCUCAGCGCUGACAUGAGACGCAUGGCUGUCGCUUUCAAUCGUACCGUCGCCGCGCUCGAAGACGAAUUGAUGCAACUUAUACUCGAGGGACAAAUACAAGCGAGGAUAGAUUCUCACAACAAAAUAUUGUACGCCAAAGACGUCGAUCAACGAAGCACCACCUUUGAAAAGUGCAUUAGUAUCGGCAAGGAGUAUCAAAGACGCACGAGAAUGCUCAUCCUCCGAGCGGCAAUAUUGAAACAUCAAAUUCGCGUUAAAUGUCCACAACGCGACAGCAACCAAGGAGGUGAAAUGUCCGUAGCCCCGGGCAACAGCAGCUUAGCACCGCGAAGCUAAGCAAAUGAAAAUAAUUGGACAAAACACCUCAGACUCGAUUUAAGAACGACGCGAACUUCAUAAAAAAAAAUAUUAAAAAAAAAAACUAAAUAAAAAGAAAAAAACGAAUAAAAAAUAAUGGAAAAAAAGAGUUGAAAAAAAUCACCAAUCGUUACCGACUCACGAUCGUGUGCGAGUGUGUUUAAACACAUCCCUACUUUGCCAUUGUGUUCCCAGGCUCAGAGUGGACGGUUCUUCGUACCUCAUGAAACGUCACACGAAUACAUUAAAAAAAAAACACAUACACAAAUACAAAACACCCGUCAACUACUGCUAAUGAUUCUUUAAUUUCAUAUGUGUAAUGUACAUAAAAAAAACAUGGCUACCCUAUUAUUGAAAAUAAAAAGAAAAAGCGAAGCUUA